AAAAUAACCGCCGUUUCAGUCCUGUUGUGUUUUCUUCGCCAAAUCUCCUAAUUUUCAAUCAAAAAACUCGAAUAAAAAAUCCAAAAAUGGAACUUUUGGGCAUAGAAAAUCUGCCGGAACUGGUAAAAGAUGUUCCUGAAGAGCACAAACAGGAAGUUAUCGAUAAAUCUGUAAAAAUGUUGAGCCAUACCGCUUUCGGAGUAGCAUAUAAAUGGUCUCCGCAUGAUUUCGAAAUGGGAUGCGCGCUUGGAAGAGGCAAAUUCGGAAGAGUUUAUGUCGCACGAGAAAAAGAGACAAAAUUUAUGGUCGCCAUGAAGGUCAUGUUCAAGUCAGAACUGCAAAAAGGACGAGUAGAGCGUCAAGUUUUGCGGGAAAUUGAGAUUCAGUCUCGUUUAAAACAUCCCCACAUUUUGCGUAUGUACACUUGGUUUCAUGACGAGCGUCGCAUUUAUUUGGCCCUGGAACUCGCAUCCGAAGGCGAAUUAUAUAAACACUUGAAAAAUGCGCCAAAUGGGCGUUUCGACGAAUACCGAUCGGCACGUUACACCUACCAAGUAGCCGAUGCCUUGCACUAUUGCCAUCUCAAUAACGUCAUUCAUCGCGAUUUGAAGCCGGAAAAUAUCCUUUUGACGGCAGAGGACAAUAUAAAGUUGGCGGAUUUUGGAUGGUCGGCGCACACGCAAUCGAAUAAACGCACAACGAUGUGCGGCACGUUGGAUUAUUUGCCGCCCGAGAUGAUUGACGGCAAAAUUUACAACGAUUCUGUCGAUCAGUGGUGCUUGGGGAUCUUGUGUUACGAGUUUUUGGUGGGAAAUCCGCCAUUCGAGUCGGAAAAUGCGGAACAAACGUACGCUCGUAUUCGACAACUGGACAUGGUUUAUCCGAAACACAUCAGUGCCGGCGCCAAAAGUCUCAUUUCGAACCUCCUACGUAAAGAUAGCGGCAAGAGACUCACUCUGAUCGACGUCAUGCAACAUCCGUGGAUCAAGGAAAAGAUGGCUGAAGCUGCACGAUUGAAAUAA